UCAAGCGCUCUCAAUGCUUCUCCUCCCGCCGCCUUCCCCGCCAGCCCACCCUCCCCGGGAGGACCCGCCGACGGCCCGGGCGUCCCCCGCCAGCUGCCCCUCGCCCCCCGAGGAGGAGAGCGCCGAGUAGGGGGGGCCGCCACUGGCGACCGUCCCCCUCGGUCCCCGCUGCCCGGGGGGCCGGGCGGCGGUCAGCGGCGGCGCGGCGGGGCUCGAUGCGGCGGCCAUGGGGCGCGGGGCCCCCCUCGGACCGUGGCUGCUGCGGGCGGCGCUGCUGCUCGGGCUCUGCCCCGCCGCUGCCGUCGCCGGCGGCGGCACCUGGAUGUGGCUGGGCAUCGCCGCCGCCGGCGGGCCGGAGAAGCCGGGCUGCGCCAGCCCGCCGCUGAGCCGCCGGCAGCAGGACCUGUGCGAGCAGAAGCCGGAGCUGGUGCCCGCCAUCCGGGAGGGAGCGCGCCUGGGCCUCCGGGAGUGCCGCAGCCAGUUCCGACACGAGCGCUGGGACUGCCGCCCGCCGCCCGCCGCCCGCCGCGGACCCGCCGCCGUCCCCCCCCUCCCCGCCGCCGCCGCCGCCGCCGCCGCCUUCGGGCACCAGCUCAGCAGCGGCACGAAGGAGACCGCGUUCAUAUCCGCAGUGACGUCAGCAGGCCUCGUGCACUCGGUGACGCGAUCGUGCAGCGCAGGGAACGUGACGGAGUGCUCCUGUGACAUGAGCCUGCGGCAUGGCGGCUCGGCCAGCGAGGGCUGGCACUGGGGCGGCUGCUCGGACGAUAUCCACUACGGAAUGUCGUUCAGCAGAACGUUCCUGGAUGCGCCCGUUAAGAACGUAACAGGCAAGAGUGGGAGCGGACUGGUGGCGAUGAACCUGCACAACAACGAGGCUGGAAGGCAGGCUGUAGCAAAGCUGAUGUCAGUGGAUUGCCGUUGUCACGGUGUUUCUGGGUCCUGUGCUGUGAAAACUUGCUGGAAAACAAUGUCCUCCUUUGAAAAGAUUGGCCGGUUUUUAAAGGAUAAGUAUGAAAACAGCAUACAAAUAUCAGACAGACUGAAAAAAAAGCUACGCAGGAAAGAGAAGAGCCAACGAAAAAUACCAAUUGGGAAAGAAGACCUGCUGUAUGUGAACAAAUCACCCAACUACUGUGUCGAAGACCAAAAAUUGGGGAUCCCUGGGACUCAGGGAAGGGAAUGUAACCGCACCUCAGAGGGACCCGACGGCUGCAACCUCCUCUGCUGUGGGCGCGGGUACAACACCCACGUCGUCAGGCACGUGGAAAGGUGUGAAUGCAAGUUUGUCUGGUGCUGCUAUGUGCGCUGCCGGAGGUGCGAGACCAUGACCGACGUACACACCUGCAAAUAAGAUGAAGUACAGAAAACACGGCCAAACCUUCCUGCACUGUUUGGUACACAUGCCGGCCGCACAGGCAGCAAUGGCUCUUACCGUGUGGGAUUGCAGGGGGAUCAGCCUCAGGGGGAAUGGGCACUGCCAACCAACGGGUAGUACAAGCAUUUGGCAUAUGAAAGAGCAACCAAGUGAACAGCAGCCUGCAUGUUGGGACAGCUAAAACAACAGUAAAGGACUCCUGAUGACACAUUUGAAAAUGUAACUCCAUGAGCAGGGACAGACAUUAAACUUUCCAAGUCUUUAAUAGCCACGAUAUCCUGAAGAUCCAUGUGGUCAGUAGGUACAGUGGAGAAAACUCAAGCUCUCAUUAGCCAGAGACUAAAGAGUUAAGAGGUCGUGUAAGACACGCUAGAUAUAAUCCUUAUGUCUGUAUAUUUAGAACUAGGGCUAGGUGGAUCCACUAGAUGGUUUAUUUCUGCAGACUUUAGGAUAAAAAAAAAAAAAGAUAGGGGAAAUGUUCUGCUGUUGACCAUGGAGCAUUUGCUUUGCAGCCGUUUGGAAAGCUGCCUUCUGCAUAAUACACAGAAAACAUCUGGUAUUGAGGAAAAUGUGUGAUUGCAGAGAGCUGGGCACUUCCUGGGUGGACGAGGAGGGUCCACUGGUGUGGAGCAAGCUAUGUCCAGAGCAGAGGGGCUAGAGCACAGCCUGAACGGGAACAGCAUACCAAAUAGCAGUCUCGGGAUUUUUUUAUAGGUUGUCUUUCAAACACACAAAGGACAGGUCUGAGGAGGGACAGAAAUACAGUUUGGUAUUUGAAGGAAAUGAAAUCCUUUGCAGGCAUUUCUUCAGUAUCUGAACACACACUUUGUGAGUCAGCCGGUUGUCACCCCAGUGUUGGACUGUAUGCAAUAACCUGCCACGUUCAACCAUCUCACUGGUGGUUCACCAUUAUUUUCACAAUUAACCAUACAAGAUUCAGCCCAAAGACAUCUGCCAUAGAGCAAAAGAUCUUUUUAAAUACUGCUUUCUCUUAUAGAAGCAGCAGCUAGAACUUUUCAUUAGGUUUCAUCCUAAGUAAGUUCAAUGCACAAUGUAAUUUAUGGAUUGGCUCACACCACUAAAAUGCUUAAAAUGUUAUUGAUAACAUUUCCUCCUCCUCCAUAUGUUGGCUCAAUUUUAUUCUACAUCUGUGAAAGGUUGUUUAUUUUUAUGCAAUGAUUUAAUGCCUGGCUUAAAAAGCAUUUCUCUUAUUUAAAUGUGCAAAGACCUAUUUUUGAUAAGACAAGAAAGUUUAUAUUUUGUAAAUAUUUAAAUUAUGCAAGUUAUGUAAAAGGUUUCCAAAACUAAUGUGAUAAGAUUACAGCCUUUGACAUUUGUUGGUUAGAAAUUUGUUACUAUUGUAGUAGUUUUUAACUAAUUUUUAUUUGCAUAUGCAGGGGGAAAUUAGUCAGAGAAUUACAUAAAUGUUCUUUUUUUAACCAUCAGGGUGGCUAUAAUUAUUACAGUUAAUACACACUGAUGAGAAACAGUUA